UGUCAUCUGUUUGGUGUUUUGUUUAUUAUUUGUUAUCAUUUUUAUUUGUAUCUUGGUGUGGUACAAUUCAACAUUAAAUUUUUCCACAAAAGUUGAAUAAAAUGUCCUGUAAAGCAGCAAACUUGCGUAUUCAACUACAAAAUAUUAUAGCCUUAGGAGGUUCCCAUAAGGAUCAGGCCGAGAAAUAUCGAGGAACCCUUGAAGGCAUAUUAAAAGAAAAAGAUUCUGACCUCAUUGAAUGUUUGCAAUCUUUUAUAGAAGCAAUUGUAAAUGAGAAUGUUAGUUUGGUGAUAUCAAGACAAAUUUUAACUGAAAUAAGCUCCCAUCUAAUGAAAUUACCAGAUGAUGUCUCAAAAGCUGUGUCACACUAUAUGCUGGAAAAAGUACAACCCAGAGUAAUUUCUUUUGAAGAGCAAGUAGCUAGUAUCAGACAACAUUUAGCUGAUAUAUAUGAACGUAACCAAAUGUGGAGAGAAGCAGCAGUUGUUCUGGUUGGAAUUCCACUAGAGACUGGUCAAAAGCAGUAUACAGUGGAUUACAAACUGGAAACAUAUUUGAAAAUUGCCAGGCUCUACUUGGAGAAUGAUGAUUCAGUUCAAGCUGAAGCAUUCAUCAAUAGGGCUUCACUUCUUCAAGCUGAAUCAAGGAAUGAACAGCUUCAGAUAUAUUACAAAGUCUGUUAUGCUAGAGUUUUGGAUUAUCGCAGAAAAUUCAUAGAAGCAGCUCAGCGUUAUAAUGAACUCUCCUAUAGGACUAUUGUCCAUGAAGAUGAAAGGAUGACAGCUCUGAGAAAUGCUUUGAUUUGUACAGUUUUAGCUUCUGCUGGUCAGCAAAGGUCUAGAAUGUUGGCAACACUGUUCAAAGAUGAGAGGUGCCAACAGUUGCCAGCUGUUGCUAUUCUAGAAAAAAUGUAUUUGGAGAGGAUCAUUAGAAGGUCAGAACUGAGAGACUUUGAAGCUCUCCUUCAACCACAUCAGAAAGCCACCACAGUGGAUGGUUCUACUAUUCUGGACAGAGCUGUAAUUGAACAUAACUUGUUAUCUGCUAGCAAAUUGUACAACAACAUCAGUUUUGAGGAACUAGGAGCUUUGCUUGAAAUUCACUCUUCUAAAGCUGAAAAAAUUGCUAGCCAGAUGAUAACGGAAGGCAGAAUGAAUGGUUACAUUGAUCAAAUUGAUUCAAUUGUUCAUUUUGAAACCCGGGAAACACUGCCUCAAUGGGAUAAGCAGAUUCAGUCGUUGUGCUACCAAGUUAAUUCGAUCAUUGAAAGCAUCUCUAAAGCUCAUCCAGAAUGGAUAUUGAAAGUAAUGGAUGAACAGAUGGUUUCUUAAAUCUUUUUAUACAAUUCGUGAAUGAAAUUGAUCAACAUUUCGUCGUGAUUCGUGAUUCUUAUUUUCAGAGUCUAGAUAUAAAGGAUGUAGGUUAGAUACUCUGAUUUGUAAUAAUACAUCUUCUGAUUACUUUGAUGUGCUGUAACUUGAGUACUUUAAUAAAAUUAUGAAAAUUGC